GGCGGGGCCCGACAAGGGACUAUAUAAACAGCUGCGCCUGCAGCUUGCAGCGUACAUCGUGCUGGGACUUUGAAGCGUCGUGUUGUCUUUAUACUCAUAGAGGACCGAACAAAAUGGCAUCAGAUGAGGGAAAGCUCUUUGUUGGUGGACUGAGUUUUGAUACCAAUGAACAGUCACUGGAGCAAGUCUUUUCCAAAUACGGACAGAUAUCUGAAGUGGUCGUGGUGAAAGACCGAGAGACCCAGCGAUCCAGAGGCUUUGGAUUUGUCACUUUUGAGAACAUAGAUGAUGCUAAAGAUGCAAUGAUGGCCAUGAAUGGAAAGUCUGUUGAUGGGCGUCAAAUUAGAGUUGACCAGGCAGGUAAAUCAUCCGAAAACAGAUCCCGUGGAUAUAGAGGGGGUUCAUCAGGUGGCAGAGGCUUUUUCCGUGGAGGCAGAGGUCGAGGGGGCCGUGGCUUCUCUAGAGGAGGUGGAGACAGAGGCUAUGGAGGAAGCAGAUUUGAUUCCAGAAGUGGUGGAUAUAAUGGAUCUAGAGACUACUAUAGCAGCAGCAGGAAUCAAGGUGGCUAUGGUGACAGGUCUUCAGGAGGGUCCUACAGAGACAACUAUGACAGUUACGCUACACACAACGAGUAAAAAUCCUUCCUGACUCAAGAUCGUCCUUCCAAUGGCUGUAUUUAUAAAGAUUUUUGGAGCUUCGCUGAAAUCGUUAUUGUGUAGUACAUCUACUUGUAUUUUCACUUUUGUAGUAUUAUCAGUUCUGAUCUUGUCAAACACAGCCUGACAGCUUCUGAUAUAAGAUGGUCUGAUUAGACUUUUCUUUAAGAAAGCUCUGUUUCCAAGUGUUUUUAAUCUUUUUUGAAAGCACUACGGAUUUUAUUUUAUCCUCUGUGAUAAGCCAAGGUGUUUUUUUUAAAAGUUGUGAUGUUGGGGCCCUAAUUCAGUUUUUUGAGAUAGAAAAGGACCUUUAAUUCAAUGUUCACUGGAAGCUGAACAAGCUGUGGACUUUAUAUUUUUUUUUUUUUGAAAGUGCAUUACCUUCGUCUCUUGUAACAUUCCUUUAGUGUAGCAAGGUAGGCAUGCAGCCUGGGUGUAAAUUGGAAGGCAAACCACCUUGAUAUACUUAAAGAGAAACUUGCUUGUAUGUUCAACCUGCAUAACGGUAUUUUUACUGUAUGAUGUAAAUUACCCAGAAAUAGACUCUCGCAAACUUACCAUAAAAGAGGUUCUUGAAAAUGUUUAUUUAUAUUGUCCUUUUUUUACUGGAAGAAAUAUGCAUAUUCCAUUGAUAUUGUAUUUGAAGUGGUAAAGGAUUCUUGUAUACAGUUUUCUUUGGCUUUACGAAGCCUAUUAAAAGACCGUCUGAAAUGAACUCUGCUCCUGACAUUUACAUUUCAUUGCACAACACAGUCCUUGAAGAUCUGGUGAACAAACCAAGUAAUAAGGAGGAGGACUCUAGAGAAGAGAGCCUAGUGAUAGGAGUAUUAAAGCAAGCUAGACUUACUGACCAUUGGAGAGAAUGUAAUCUUAAGUGGUCUUGACAUGUGAACACUGUCAAGAUGUUUUCACAUACGAAUAGUCAAAUUGUCUAGUGACAGACUACCAAAAGUAUUGUAAUGACUAUCUUGUUAUACUUAAAUCAGCAAAAGUGGAGGGAAAAAACAGCUGGCCAGUUUAGUCAGAGGACAGUUCAGGAUUUUCAUAAAAUAAGCAGACAUUAAAAUUUGUAGUCUGAAUCAGUCUUUUGAGAACAAGUAGUUACUGGUUUGACACAGUGUUCCAAGGUAGACAAAUUGACUUAAUUAGCUAGCUUUGUCAUUGCCUUACAAGUUCUAAGAAUUCUCUGCUAGCGUAUGGAAACUGCAGUGUCCUUGGAGAAAAGAAGUGUUGUGCCUCCAACAGAAACCUCUGAGACGAAAGCUGCUUUCUGGGCUAGUUCAUAUGUGGAAAUAGUCCUGUAAUUCGAGGUAACUCCUUUUGCUCAUGUCCGCAUCCUUCCUCUUGUUGAGAGCUCAUUUGAAAGUCUAAUGUACCUGUGAAAUAUUCCUCUGACAGUUUUGGUCAACUAAUGGAAAAAUUUUAAAUCCAUGCCAUCUUUGGUUUGUGGCACAACUUCAGUUCCACAGGUCAGAGUUGGGCAUACAGUCAUGUCUUGCCUAGUAGGUAUGGAAGCAAGAUGGGAAACAGAAUUCCCUAACUUGAUUUGUGUUCAUCUAUUGAGACUCUUCCUAGACUCAUUAAGUCACUUAAUUGUAGCUUUCUUUACCAUCUUACUUGUUGCCAUUAACUUUCUCCCAUAGCCCACACUGUUCCUAAGCAGCCAUGUCAAAGUGGUUAACUGUCUCUGCUUAAGGAUCAAAUGAUAUAUAUUGGCUGGCAUAUCAAGGCAUCAGCCAGCCCUGGAAUUUCCCAGACUGUGCUUCUGUGAUGUGAUAGGGUUCAGCGAAUGGCUUGUGAAACCCUUGUAUAUGAUGUGACUUGUGUUUGGGGAGGUGGGUGGCAGUGUAAACACCGUGGUUGGAUAUGGCUAGUAACACACAUUUGCUUUACCAGGUUGAAGAGAAGAUGGACAUUUGAGCCUGAAACAGCAUUCCUGAGCAUUUCAUGAAAGCAGUACCAACAAUCAACUUCCUAAGCAGCAGUGAGCUGCAUUGAAGAGGAUUGAUACAGCUGUUGACUGAGCAAUGGAGUUCAAGAGCUUUGAGCAGUGUAUAAUAUCUGAUAUAGAUCAAGUGAACAAUCUGACUUGUAACAAUUAUAACUGAUAGAAUAAAUUGGAUUGGAAAAAGCAA